AUGCUUGUGUGUAUGUGUGUUCUUCACUUCCUCUCUAUUUCUUUCCCCUCCUUUUCUGCCCAACCCUCCACCCUGCACCAUACUCUCGCCAUCACCCCCACCUACUUCCAGCCUCUAGGCAUUGAACAUAAUGUAGAUUUUUUCUUCCUUUAUUUCCCAUACCCUUUUUUCUUCUCUGUUUAUUGUUUAUCUAUAUAUGUCGUUGUCCUUUUCGUUUUUUUUUUUCCUUUUUUUCUUUUCAUUCUUAUUCGUCCAUUUCAAUUCUGUUUUCUUCUAUCCAUCUUUCGCUUGUCUAUUUCCUCUUUCUCCUACCUCGUCGGCCUCCCUCCUACUUCGCCCGUUUAUUUACCUCUUCCUUUCCCUCUCGUGCUGGACCUUCCUCCUCCUCCACCCCCUUGUUAUUCUUCCCUCCUCCUCCUGAUUCUCUUCUUUCCUUCACAAAACGCGCUUCUUACACGGGAAUGGAUUCGAAAAAGUACCACUUCACUAUUUUAUAACAGAAAUCUUUGCUCAGAGACUGCCACUUCGGCCUCUCUCACAAUGCCUAAACGAAAAUUAGAAGACAGUGAUUCUGCUGACACCCCAUCAGAUGUCAAUCCCCUCCGGUCUGAGACGCCACCGCCACCGCCCCAAUCUGAGACUGAUGAAAGUAGCAGUUUCAGUGCUGUUACGGACAGCAGCGUGGAUGUUCCCUCUGCAGAAGAACCAAGACCAAAGAAAAUAAAGAAAUCUGUGAAUUUUGAUAAAGUUACUGUGUUCUAUUUCCCCCGUACUCAGGGGUUCACAUGUGUUCCCAGUGAAGGAGGCUCUACGCUUGGAAUGACUGGAAGCCAUUCUUACGUGGAAGACUUCACUGUGCCUGCCUAUGCUCGGGAGCAGAAACGCAUUCACAAACUUAUCCUUAAGGAACAGCAACAAAGUAGUAAAAUGAUUCCCUCAGGCCGUGCAGCGUUCCUCCGAUCAGUUGACGAGGACACUGACUCUGAGUCUGACUCCGAGAGUGAUUUUGAAGUUGAUGAGUACUUCUUUCUGCAACCAGUCCCCAUCCGUCAGCGCCGACUGAUGCUACGAGCAGCUGGCAUCCGCAAGAUCAACAGUCAAGAAAGAGACGAUUGCCGUCAGAUCCGUCAAUCUCGUGAGAUCUGCGGUUGUCAAUGUAAAGUGUUCUGUGACCCAGAGAGCUGUUCUUGCAGUGUAGCUGGGAUAAAAUGCCAGGUGGAUCGCUUAUCAUUCCCCUGUGGUUGCAGUAAAGAUGGCUGUGGAAAUGUUGCCGGACGCAUAGAAUUCAAUCCCAUUCGUGUUCGGACUCACUUUAUUCACACACUUAUGCGGAUAGAAUUAGAAAACAAGGAGAAAGAGUGUCAGCCAUUUGGGAAUGGCAGCAACAAGCAACUUUCUAUUUCUGAUUUGUCUGCAACCAGUAAAGAACAUGAUAGCGAAGACAAAAAUAAAGAAGAGACUAAAAACAGUAAAGAUAGCAGUAUUGACUUGACAGAUUAUAACAGUAAUGAACGAGGCAGUUGCCGGGACUGCCAGAACUCUGAAGUGUGCCAGGUAAUGAUGCAAGAGGCACAGUAUGCAUCGAUGGAAGCAGAGCAGCAGAAUGCGGUGCAGCAGUUUGGCCACAUGGAGGGCUUGCAGCCUAAUGGACAUGUUGAGGCCCUGCCCCGUGUCUUACUGUUCAAUGACAGUGAUGACGAGAUGUACAAUGCAGAGAACACGUCCCUGUAUGGCUACAAGCAGGAGGAGAGCUCCUACUCAGAGACGAGCGAGUGCUCGAGCGAGAGCAGUGCAAACUUUGAUGACAACGACUACCAAAAGUCAUACCAGAGUUUGUCCUCCUUUGAUGAGGAGACCAACCAAGAGUAUUGUGCCAGUGGAUCUUCGUCGUCCAGUGACCAUAACACAUUCAGCAGCCAAAGUACAUUUGGCAAUCAAUCAAAUGGUCCGGAUCCGUUUGGCAGUCAGUCAAAUGGCUCCAAUCCAUUCAGCAGCCAGUCAAAUGGCCCAAGUCUGUUUGGCAGCCAAUCAAAUGGUACCAAUCCAUUUGGUAACCAAUCAAAUGGUCCCACUCUGUUUGGUACCCAAUCCAACAGCCAUAACACAUUUGCAAGCCAAUCUACACAACCCUCAAGCCAUUCAACCAGCAACUGGUCUGAAAACCAGUCGCGUUCCAUCCACCAAUCGAGCUUCUUUGAUGAACCAAUUUCAAUCUACACAUCACUGACUGACACAACAACUGACCAGCUGGCUACAAACUGUCCAGCUAUCUCAUCCCACAUGAACAGCUACAACAAUGGCAACAGUAAUAAUAACCAUCAAUUAGAUUUCAACCCCCAUCAGGGAACGGAUACUACGAAAAUAGGGGAUAUGCACAACCAACAAGAGUCUGCCUAUAGCAAUUACAGCAUGGAUGACUCUCAUACCGCAACAUCAUCUGCAAUGUCAACUUCCGAUCAGUCACUCAUUUCUUCUUUUUUCCCAUCAAAUACCACAGAAUCAGAUCUCAUCACCUCGUCUGGAAGCAGUGCACCAUCCAUACCAUCAGCUGCUGCUGAGGAUCUGCAGGUGUUUUCUGAACAGGAAAGUUGUUGUUCUGCUUUUCAGGAUGACACUUGUUCGGACUUUAAAUCAAACAAAGACUCCUCGCAUUUCCAGCCUAGUGAGUCGGGGAGCCAGAAUUUCGGGGAGAUCAUCAAGGAGUCCAUUGUUGAAACGGUUUCGGCUUAG